AUGUGGCUGCUUGACCUUCCUGGUGUUGCGGUUGAGGUGGCUGUUCCCGAGGUGUUGCGUGUGGAGGUGCGUGUGGAGGUGCGUGUGGAGGUGCCUCCGCGUGUUGCUGCGGCGGCCGUCUUGCAUGGCCACGUGGGGCGUGCCCGCGAGCCGCCGCCCUGUGGUUCCACUCGCCCGCCUGCGGAGGUGGUGAGGACAGUGGAGGAUUGUGAUGACUUGCGGCCGGUUCCGAAGCGGACGCGUCGUGUUGACAGGCCGGACUUCUGGGGCCUGAUCAACCCAGACUGGAGCCUGUGCAGCAAGGGGCGGCGCCAGAGCCCUAUAGAUAUAGACCCGGCUCGCCUCCUCUACGACCCCAACCUCCGCCUCCUCCAUGUCGACAAACACAGGGUGUCAGGGAGCCUGGAGAACACAGGUCACAGCGUGGUGCUGACCCUGGACGGGGGCAAGACCCCCAUCAACGUGACCGGAGGACCCCUCUCCUACCGCUACCAGCUCACAGAGGCACAUCUCCGCUACGGCAUUGUCGACCUCUUGGGCUCCGAGCACACCAUCAACGGCAGAGCCUUCCCCGCUGAGCUGCAGAUCUUCGGCUACAACUCUCAGCUCUACGCUAACUUCUCCCAGGCGCUGGACAAAGCUUACGGCAUCGUCGGCAUCUCCAUUCUCAUCCAGAUCGGAGAGAGGUCCAACCCAGCGCUGAGCCAACUGACAGCAGGAGUGGACAAGAUUAAGUAUGUUGGUGACCAGUACACAGUGCACCACCUGAGCGUGCACGACCUGCUACCAGACACCUCCUACUACAUGACCUACGAGGGCUCCACCACCAUGCCCGCCUGCCACGAGACUGUCACAUGGGUCAUGGUCAACAGACCCAUCUACAUCACCAAGCAGCAGCUGUAUGGUCUACGACAACUGAAGCAGGGGGAGGAGGCCGGCCAGGCUGGGGCGCCCCUCGCUAACAACUUCCGCCCACCACAGAAGCUGCACCACAGGCCCGUCCGCACCAACAUUGACUUUACCAAUGCUGGAGGAAACUGCCCCUCCAUGCACCGGGAAGCCUAUUACAAAGCCCACAACUUCACUCACGAGCACAGGACGCCCAUGACCAGCCAACAGCUGGACGCUGAGUUAGCUCGCUUCCUCUGCUCACGCCCCGAGGACCACUGAGCCGUCUCUCUCAGCUCUGGGAUAAACUACGUCCUCCUCAGUGUCCUCUCCAUCUAGGCUAUCCCCCGGGAAGGCCUCCGUGUUCCUCAGAGGCUACAAUGACAAAGAGGAUGAACAUCAUAUUCCUCCAUACCCAGGUUGACCCCGAAGGUAUCUACUGUGCCCAGGUCGACUUCGAGGACACUCGUCGUGUCCCUCCGUGCCCAGGUCGACUUCGAGGACACUCGUCGUGUCCCUCCGUGCCCAGGUCGACUUCGAGGACACUCGUCGUGUCCCUCCGUGCCCAGGUCGACUUCGAGGACACUCGUCGUGUCCCUCCGUGCCCAGGUCGACUUCGAGGACACUCGUCGUGUCAAUCCGUGCCCAGGUCGACUUCGAGGACACUCAUUGUGUUCCUCCGUGCCCAGGUCGACUUCGAGGACACUCAUUGUGUUCCUCCGUGCCCAGGUCGACUUCGAGGACACCCAUCGUGUCCCUCCGUGCCCAGGGAAGUCCAUGGAGUUCCAGGCAGGGGUGUCCUGCGUGUCCCCACUGCCGCCACGGACCCCAGCGUGCGAGGCGAGUCCCCACACCAGCUCAAAACAGAGAUCUUGCAACUCUGCCAUACAGAAGAAUUUGCAGAGAAUCUUUAAGACGCAAUACAAGAGAAGGAAUACAGGAAGGAGGUAACUCAAUGAUGGUUGUAGGGCAGCUGGUUCGUGUGACGCCAUGCGUGACUUCGGGAUGAUACCACCUGCAACAACGCGCAUCCACAGGUGGCAAACGCGCACCUACAAAGGGGAUGCAAAUUAGCAAUAUAAGACAUGGACUUGCAGCUGGCACACGGACUCGCCGCCAGUUCUUGGACUCACAGCUGGCUUGUGAGCUCACAGCUGGUGCACGUGGUGGGGAAGAACAUGUAACGACAAAUCAGUUCAAACUACGCCGCACAAACUCUUUUGUGUUGAUAGUGAAGAUGAAAGAUGAUAUUAAGAUAUUAAUAUGAUCAACCCAGGCAGGGAAUAAGUGAUUAAU